CUGAUACAUGCGGCCGGAGGGAUAAGACUAGCGCUGGCCUCACCGGAUGAGCGAGGGAGAGCUGCGGCAUUACUGUAGAUACCUACGGAGUAGGGUGGGCCACAAUCAAAGCGUCUUGCUAUGGGAUGCGAGAAACCCUAGCCGGCGUCAUCAUGUUACUGUGGCAUUUAUCAACGAGAAGGGUGCAGCCAGCAAUCGUGUCGCGGCAGCCGAGGCUGUCCUUGCCCUUAUCUCAGCCCGUGAGAUUUAAACGCUACGAGGCGUAUGAUGCUCAGCUAGACCAGGACGCCUUGGCCGAGGCACGGCUGUGGUACAAUUCCUUUGAUGCGUCUCAGCUGCCCAAGGGCAGUACGACAUAUGCCAGGUCGAGUGGGCCUGGGGGGCAGCACGUCAACAAAACCGAAACCAAGGCAGUCACGGUAUAUCCCGUGAAAGACCUGCUCGCCGUUCUCCCGAAAUAUCUUCAUUCCGCGGUGCGCUCUUCCAAGUAUUACACUGCCGGCAAUGACUCUCUCACGUUUUCGGCGCAAACUCAUCGGUCCAAAUCCGCCAACCUCGACGAGAACAAGCGAAAGCUCAUAGACGAGGUCAUGAGCAUCUAUCGUGAAAUGACGCCCGCUGAGACGAGCUCUGAGAAGAAGAAGAAGCACCAGGAGAUUGAGAAGCGGUUUCACGAGACACGAGUCCAAGACAAGAAAUUUAACAGUGCCAAAAAGCAGUCGCGAAAAGGGCCAUCGGAAUAGCGACUGAGGAUAUUGCUUAGAGGGCCCGGCUUCGUCAUGAGCCAACUGCUAAGAUUCCUAACCACCACUAAUACGCAGGCGCUGUAUAAGUGGCAGACACAAGACGCCAUAUGCCUCAAAAUAAAACGAGCAGAUGCCCGGCUUUAAUCCACG